AUGACGGAUUCAGUUGAGCACGGCGACCAAACUCUGCCAACCAAUUUGAUACUAUUUCCGCUUUUCCUCGAGGCGCUAUCAAAAGAGGGUGCAGAUCUUGUGCCGCAUCAGCUGGAAGCAGUCCGUCACCUCCCCACCAUCAGCGAAGGGCCUAGAUACUCAAUCCGUCGCCAUAUCCGCGCUCAGGUAGCAGGAAGAAACGUUGUUGCCAAGGUUCUGAAUCGGUCAAUCUCGCCUAGCGCUGCGAAAAACGAUGCUUGUACACUCACCGAACUCGUCCGGUUAUUGAAAGAAGUUAGAAUACUUAAUCACGGCCCUUUUCGGAAACAUGAGAACAUCGCCAACCUAGAUGCCGUCGAGUUUGGCAUCUUCUCUGGAGAUCCAUUUGAGAUUUGCCCGGUUUUGGCCUUGGAGGCUGCAGAGCUCGGAAGUCUGGAUACUCUCCAGAGCAAGCCCCCCUCACAGACUCUUCCAUGGAGUGCUCGAACAUCACUCCUCUUUGAUGUCGCCAGCGGACUCAAGGCUCUGCAUGACCAUGGAGUUCUCCAUGGCGAUCUCAACCCCUCUCACAUAUUAAUCCACCCGCACCCUCAAAGAGGACUCUUGGCCAAACUUACUGGAUUCGGAGAAGCUCAGAUCAUUUCACAUCUGAAGUCUGCUCCGGCUCUCUCGGGUACCGCGCCAUGGAGGGCCCCGGAGAUCGAAGAGGCUUCUAUAUCCCUCGAAAAUGUUUUAAAGGCUGAUGUUUUCUCACUGGGGCUUGUUUUCUGGUCUAUCUGCGUGAUGCAGAAUCCAUUUACCAAAUUUGACCUGCCCCUCGACCGUUCUUCGAGCGAAGAGAGCAUUAAGUUCAUUGUUCGUCAAGCAUAUCUUUUUCGGUGCAUCCCGUUCUUCAUACAACACACAGUCAGAGAGCUUGAUGACGAGGCUCUUAAAAUGUUAGAAGAGUUGUUUGAGUGCUCAGUGCGCCUCGCACCAGCGAGCCGAGAUCUCUCAAAGAUUCUGCGUAUCCUCACUCCGCAUAGCGGCCGGGAAGCGGUAUCACCUCAAGAAGAAGACUUUGGAGUCGACUUGGAAGAUCUGUGCAUAGAUAUACCCGAGCAGCCGCUGACCAGCAUCACAGCGGGCGUUUCAGUUCUCAAAGACCUGCCUUCACUUGUGGCUAAGGAAUAUGUGAAGACAUUACAGUCGAUUUUGGAUCUUCCACUCACUGAAGAAAAUAAGAAACUUAUCGAAGGAUCAUCUUGGGCGCUUUUCCUCUGUCAUUUCUAUGGCUAUGGGACUCAACGAAACGUGUCCGCCGCAAUAGACACCUUGAUUCGUCACUCCGGUGAUCCACAGUCACCAGCAUAUCUCGUCGAUCACACAAUAUAUAUCCUGAAAAGAGCUCUGGUAAAGGAAUUUCCCGUCGAAAUUGCGUUAGACGGUUUGAAUAUCUCACUUGAAGAUGGAAGACAUGACACCUUUGGUUCGUGGAAAACUCUUCGCCGGCCACCAGCUGUUGAUUUACUUGGACAUGGGGUCAAUGUUGAAGAGACGGAGAUCCUUGAUUAUUUAGAUCGCGUCCGAAUGGAUGAAGGGCUUCUCGAAAAAGACAUUGGAUCUAGUAACACUCUCCUACACAUGGCCGCUAUUUUCGGAUUAUCUGAUCAGAUUUCUUUCCUGGGAAAUCUUCCCCAGGUAGAUAUUGAUGCUCAAAAUGACAGAGGCGAAACACCCAUCUACCUGGCCUGCGUUUAUGGGCACAUUGGGGCCGUCAAAGUGCUUUUGGGGCUCGAUGCAAAUGCAUCAAUUAACACCCAUGAACACAAGAACGGUCUCCAUUGGUUGACAUCCUUCCCAAAGGACGUAGUUCGCCAACUAGCUGACGAUCUGUUUGAAAAGGGGGCUGAUCUGGUUCUGCCCGACAGGCAAGCCCUCCGAUAUAUGCAAUGGGCAUCAAUGUGCCCUGUAGAAACAGAAUUCAUCCAUACCGGGAAGAUACGGGGAAACCCCCUUUUGACAGCCAUCGGCAAUAUUGAUAUCGAUUCCGUGCUGGCUAUCUUGGCCGCUUCUACGGACUUCAUCUCCAUGUGCAGUCCAGAGACGCGGUUGUUUGUUACCUUGGAUUUGGUCUAUGAGCCGGCGUUUCGUCUUGCGUGUGAGCUUCAUUUGUUCGAUAUGAUAAAUGUUCUGUGCUUGGUGCUGAGGGGAGUUCUUCUUUCUAUGCCAGAGGAUUCGGUACCGUCUACUACUGAUGGCUUAUUCCAAGAGUUGCGCAACGGGAUAUGUGAGGUCGGGGAAGUCUUUACUGCCCUAACACAAUCUACCUCCCAUAUACGGGCGGCUCUGGACAUGCGCUUCCAUCUUCAUAGACUUGCCUACCAUGGAUCAGACUGGCAGAUUGCAUGUCGGCAAACUAUCGAGGUUCUCAUCGAUCGAGGCUUCGUGACGAACAUAGUCCGGACAGAGAGGGGGCCUCUAGGCACUGCAGCGUUUGCUAUCCAUUGCGGAAACAAUGAGGCUUUGCGUACACUAAUUCAACUGACUAUGUCUCGGAGCGGCCAGUUGGAAGUUGUUGAUCCCCAGGGAUAUACCUUGGUCCAUCACGCACUGUCGAGAGGCAGGCUCGAUUCACUCAAAAUCCUGGCCGAGAAUGGGGCAGUAUUGGAUCUACGACAGCAUCGAAAUCCCAAGCACUGCCUCACGGGUGUAGGAGCUAGCUACUUGCAUGUCCUCGGCUCGUUGCGGCUAGCAGACCCCGAGUUUGUGCACAUCUUCCUGGAGCACGGAGUCCCGGCAACCAUCGAGGAUAACCGAGGGAGUAGUGCCUUAUCUCUGGCUUUGAUACGCGGUGCAUUCUCCGUUGCUCGUGUAUUGCUUCAACAAGGCGCCAGCCUAUUGGAGAAAGGUCGGCAUGGAUUAACUCGAUUCAUUCUGUCUUAUGAAGACCAUAAUUCGCUGUUCAUUGUCUCCCCCGAACUGGAUUAUACAGUAUUCCACAUAAUUGCACAAUGUUAUUCAACAAGCAAACAAUAUCCGCGGCUUAUUGACAUGAUUAUUCAGAAAUACGGGUCGAAGGAGCAUCUAGAGGCCCGGGCAAGUAAUCCUGCAAAAUCCACUGCUCUUUUGACUGCCGUUGCCCAACUGAACCCAAUCGCCGUUGAAGCUCUGGUCAACGCGGGAGCAUCUAUGACUGACACGGACUCCGAAGGUCGAACACCACUACAGUAUGCGCGUGUGGUCCAUUCUAAACUCAUAUACAACGUACACAGCGUGUCUAGCGGUGAUAAAAUCGAGGACUUGGAGCGUAUAACUUCGGUCAUCAUCGUUCUUGUGGAGAAGGGAGGUCGUCUGGAGCAUAUUGACAUACCCAAAAUCAACACCGCGCUGGACCAAGCCGAACCUCUGUUGAAAAGAAUGAUGUGUUCCGAACACAAGGUAGCCUACAUGCGGCACCUUGAAGAUUCUCUGAUGGCCACCGUGCGGUCGGGCUAUUCCGACAUGAUAACAACUUUGGAUAUUGACGGCCUUGAUCUGAUCCGGAGGAUUGUGCUAAGAAAAGUUAGGCCAUGUCUGAGAAUGGACCUGGAGUAUCGGGUCUUGCCCCUAUCUUCGGACGCUUCAAUGCCAUUUGAGUAUGAAGCAGUCAGGGAACGGAUCCCCUGGUGUCAAGAAUUGACGAAUAGAGACCUUCAGCAGUUUCAAAUGGCGGCUGCGUUUGAAUGGCUCCUUGACCUCAUUCAAGCAAACGACGUUCCCCCUAACAGCUCCCAGCUGGGGACGGAGGUCCUGCUUAAAUAUGCCUUGACAAGAAACCCGGCUGAUCUGCCCUUUGAUCCGAAAGUUGUGCGAUUCCCUUACGGAUUGUUGGAAUGGUACGGACGCAUCAUUGCAACGAAUAGUUUCUUGGGAGAAGAGCGUGAUUGGGAGCAACGUUUAGGAUUUUUGGAGAUUCUCAAAGAGAGAGAAGUGGCGCGGCAACAAGGGGUAUUCCCACUCCCCGCCUUCGAUGAAUCAUUCCGAGAGUUUCAUUUCAACAUGCUUCAGCCCAAGAAACUGGGUGUCGAAAGUUCAUUCGCUUCCGUCUCUACUGUCCUCCGUUGCCGCUGCUACUAUGAAGAUAUAGGCAGCUGCACGCGCUUUAAGCUCAUGCGUAUUACUCAGAGAAUGAGCAGUAUCGAUACCGAGACAUGGAAGAGUCGGGUCAAGGAAUAUAGUGCAGGAAUCGCAGGAUUUGAGGGCAAGCUUUCAAACUGGAAAGAGCUAGCUACUGGGUCAAGGAAGGAUUUGCAGCACAUCUCUAUUUUGGCACAACUCCUUUCUGAUACAGAAACACCAGAAUCGGCAUUUCUACUUGCACAUCCUAAAAAUCUUGGCGAUAUUCCCAUGGGACCUGUGACGGCACAGUCGACGGCUACUCCCCCUUCUGAUGACACCGAGUUGGCAACCGUCAAGCCUGACUACAGACCACUUGAUACGAAGAAGCUCGAACUCAGGUUUCUCAAAUUAAAUCCUCCACCAUCCACCACAAGAAACAUGUCGGAAGAUCUCAUAGACUGCGGUAUACAGCAGUAUUCAAUCUCUCCUAGAUAUCAUACUAAGGAGUAUCGCGAGUUUAUCGCCAAUGCUGGUUCGAAGUCAAGAACACCCAUGGAAUACUAUAGAGGCUGGAUCGAGGCAUCGGGAAAACCUAGAUUUACAUGGGGAGACUUUGAUUGCCUCAGCUAUACCUGGGGAGAUCCCAAACAGUCCAAGAAGAUUUUACUCGAUGGGAAACCAGUCACUGUGGGAGCAAAUUUGGAAGCUGCGCUUCGCUCCCUUCGUAACACGGAGCAGCACCGAGACGGGGUAUUACUCUGGGUCGAUGCACUUUGUAUCAAUCAAGAUGACAUGGACGAGAAAGCUAAGCUGGUCAACCAAAUGUACAACAUUUAUAGGGCUGCUCGGACGGUGACAGUCUGGCUGGGAGCUGCGGAUUCCGACACAUCCGAUCUAGUGAAUCGCAUUCACAACUUUAUUUCGACCUACACCCGAAUAGACAACCCAGAAGGCAGCCUACAAGAGGCGGGACUUCUGAAAUGCCCGCCUAUAUGGUAUUCAACCAACAUACUUCCGGCGGUAGUCCACUUGUUCGAUCGACCGUACUGGAGGCGGCUCUGGGUAAUGCAAGAGAUAACAGCCAGUGCGCCCUGCGAGAGGUUCUAUAUCGGAGAUGAUGUAGUAUCCUGGAACGAGAUGCUUCUGCUCAUUCGCUAUCACAGAAACCUUACAGAUCUACAUAAGGCAACUGAUGAAUUCACUGAAGUCCAGCUUGGUCGAGCUUUCGGCAAUCUGUCGCAUACUAGGAGGCUCAUGGCGAUGGCCGAGAUGUACCAUUCGAGCCCUGGGAUAUCACAUAGAAAUAUUUCACUGGAAUUCGGUAGCUGGACGAACUGGAUAUCACUCGGCGGUAAUGCCCAUGUGACGGAUGAAAGAGACAGAGUCUACGGUCUUCUUGGAUUGCUUAGUCCGAAUAUUUCCUCCAGGGUUCAAGUUCGAUAUUCAGUGACGGCGGCAACUGUCUUUCGGGAUUUCUGCAGAAUUCUGGUUGAGGCAACAGAGGAAUUUGAUGAUGUACUCGCAGGGAAUAUCUGGGAUCAACCAGAUGGUUGCUCUUGGGCAAUAAACUUGAGUAAAUCAUUCAACCGCCGAGUCAUCAAUACCAAUGCCACUGGCGAACCAAGGCCAUACGACCCGCAGGGUGCUACCGAUGAAAAGGGUGACGAGCCCUAUGUGCCGCCAACCAAAAAGUUGAAGCCAAAAUUUAGCUUUUCGGAUGAUAGCACGGUGUUGUCCAUGCGGUGCCUUCACGUCGACAGUAUAGAAGGGAUAUCUGGGUUUGCGUCCCGUCACCCACAAGUAAAUGUCGAAUGGAAACAACCAACACGGCCACUAUUACACGGAGAGCAAUCUAGUGAGCGAGAGAGCCUGUUGCGAAUACUGUACGCCGACGGAGAGAGAACCGAUGACCCUGAUAGCACCUUGCUUGAUAUACCGUGGUAUGAUGACGCUGAGCCCGAUGCUCCAAUGAUAGAACAACUACAAGAAAACGGAUGGUGGGAUAUCAUCCAGGCGGGCAAUUUCAGGGCAUUCCAUGAAUUCAGAAGGCAAAAAGGUGACUUCAUCACCUAUAAUGGCGCACCUUUCAGCAGUUUCUUCCCUGGGACUGUAGCCCCAUGCGCCAGCAAGGAGAAAAUACUGGCAGCACUGGGUCCAAUUGUACCAGUGCUAGAUUCUACGUUCAUCACUACGACCGGUGGGCGUUUAGGCUCCACUCCGGUGCCGGCUCAGGUGGGAGAUUCCAUCUUCAUUGUCCCGGGAUGCUCGUAUCCCGUUUUGAUGAGACCAGAGAAUGGAUAUCACCGAGUGGUUGGGGAGUGCUACGUGGAGGGCUUGAUGAAAGGUGAAGGUGUAGAAGACCAUCUGGGUCAAUUCGAAGAAAUUCAUUGUCUUUAA